UUCAGUUGGAAAUCGAAACUCAGUUCGUAUAGACACAAUGGCCCACUCGCUUUGAGCGCUGUCUCGAUUUAAAUUUAGUACAAAAAAAAAAGUAUUCCACGGGACUGAAUGUGAUAGUUGGCUUUGUAAUUGUUGGCGAUAUAGCAGCAGCAACAACAAAAGCAAAUACAGAGCGUAGAAGAUAACAGAAAACGUGUGCUUGUCUAAGUGUAACAUUAUUGUGUUUUUCCGUUCGUGUUCACGGAAAAUCAAUAGUGAUUGUGAAAGCGCAUUAUUUACACGAUUAACAUAUCGUCGAAUCUCAACGCAAAGGGAAUUUUCCAGUGCAAACUUGAGUUUUUCAAGAAAAAGAGAAAAGCCGUCAAGUUUCGACUUCAGAGGAAAGGAGCCAGAGAAGAAAUUAAGAAUCAGACCAACAAAGGAGCUAACAACCAGAACACAAAAUGGCAUCUGUGGUAGCCGAUCUUCUGUCUUAUGGACCUAUCGCUUUCGAUCAGGUGGAUAACAACACGAACGCGACGCAGCUAUUCAAAAACAAUAUAAACAAAACCAGAAUGAACGAUUUAAACAGCGAGGAGGCGCGCCUAAAGACCUUCACCGACUGGCCGCUGGAUUGGCUGGAUAAACGCCAAUUGGCCCAAACGGGCAUGUACUUUACACACACCGGCGACAAAGUUAAAUGCUAUUUCUGCGGCGUGGAAAUCGGUUGCUGGGAGCAGGAGGAUCAGCCCGUGCCGGAGCAUCAGCGAUGGUCUCCCAACUGCCCACUGCUGCGCCGGCGCACUACCAACAAUGUACCGAUCAAUGGCGAAGCAUUAGAUCGCAUCCUGCCGCCAAUCAGCUACGAUAUCUGCGGCGCCAACGACUCGACGCUGGAGAUGAGGGAGCAUGCCUACUCAGAAGGCGCCAUACCCAUGUCGCAGCUAAUUCAGUCGAUUGGCGUGAAUACAGCAAAUGCGGCAACCAGUGUAACUGGAACCGCAUCCCCGCAACCGAGGGUAAUGGUCGCAACCCAUGCGUCGACGGCGACGCAGGCCACUGGCGAUGUCCAGCCGGAGACGUGUCGUCCAGCAGCCGCCAGUGGCAAUUAUUUUCCCCAGUAUCCCGAAUACGCCAUCGAGACGGCGCGCCUGCGCACCUUCGAGGCUUGGCCGAGGAAUCUGAAACAGAAGCCCCAUCAGCUGGCCGAGGCGGGAUUCUUCUAUACAGGCGUUGGGGAUCGCGUCCGCUGCUUCAGUUGCGGCGGUGGUCUCAUGGAUUGGAACGACAACGACGAGCCCUGGGAACAGCACGCCCUCUGGCUAAGUCAGUGCCGAUUCGUCAAGCUGAUGAAGGGUCAGCUCUAUAUCGAUACGGUGGCCGCCAAACCAGAGCUGGCCGAGGAGAAGGAGGAGAGCUCUUCGAUUGGAGGAGGCGUGGCGGCCAGCACACAGGCUUCAGAGGAAGAGCAGCAUACAUCGGGGGAGGCCGGUUCGGGGGAUGUUGCUCCGUCCGUAGCUCCCACGGCAGCCACACGCAUCUUCAACAAGAUCGUCGAGGCGACAGCGGUGGCUUCUCCCUCGACAAACAGCAGCGGCUCCACCUCCAUACCGGAGGAGAAGCUGUGCAAGAUCUGCUACGGCGCCGAGUACAAUACGGCAUUCCUGCCAUGCGGUCAUGUGGUGGCCUGCGCCAAGUGCGCCUCCUCUGUGACAAAGUGCCCGCUGUGCCGGAAGCCCUUCACCGAUGUGAUGCGCGUAUAUUUUUCUUAAUAGCCCCAAUGCGCACCCAAGUCCUCAAAUUCAAAAUAAACAUAACUAAAAACAAUA